AUGAAGGUGCUCCCCGCUCCGGGCCUGGCUCUGCUGCUCCUCACGGCCCUUGAGCUGUCUGCUACCGCCCCCUCCCUGUCUGCAGCCACCCCCGGGACCUCACGGAACAACUACCACCUUGCACAGGCCUAUCUUGACAAGUAUUACACCAGGGAGGCAGGGCCCCAGGUCGGCGAGAUGGGGGCGGCAGGAGGCAGAGCCCUGGUCAAGAAGAUCAAGGAGCUGCAGGCCUUCUUCGGCCUCCGAGUCACCGGGAAGCUGGACCGGCCCACGAUGGACGUCAUCAAGAGGCCUCGCUGCGGAGUUCCCGACGUGGCAAACUAUCGCCUCUUCCCAGGUGAACCCAAAUGGAAAAAAAAUUCUUUGACAUACAGAAUAUCCAAAUACACGCCUUCCAUGCCCUCGGCAGAGGUGGACAAAGCCGUGGAGAUGGCCUUGCAGGCCUGGAGCAGCGCCGUGCCUCUGAGUUUCGUCAGGGUGAACGCGGGCGAGGCCGACAUCAUGAUAUCGUUUGAAACUGGAGAUCACGGGGAUUCCUAUCCGUUCGAUGGCCCUCGGGGGACUCUCGCUCACGCGUUUGCACCUGGGGAAGGCCUGGGAGGCGAUACCCAUUUCGACAAUGCUGAGAAGUGGACUAUGGGAAUGAAUGGUUUCAACUUAUUCACCGUGGCUGCCCACGAAUUUGGCCACGCCCUGGGCCUGGCCCACUCCACAGACCCGUCAGCACUAAUGUACCCGACGUAUAAGUACCAGCAUCCCUACGGGUUCCACCUGCCCAAGGACGACGUGAAAGGGAUCCAGGCCUUGUACGGACCCCGGAAAACAUUCCUGGGAAAGCCCACCAUGCCCCACGCACCCCCUCAAAGUCCAUCCAACCCUGACCUCUGCGACUCCAGCUCCUCCUUCGAUGCCGUGACAAUGCUGGGAAAGGAGCUCCUGCUUUUCCGGGACCGGAUCUUCUGGCGUCGGCAAGUUCACGUGAGGGCGGGGAUCCGGCCCAGCACCAUUACCAGCUCCUUCCCUCAGCUUAUGUCCAACGUGGACGCAGCUUACGAAGUGGCCGACAGGGGCACCGCUUACUUCUUCAAAGGCCCCCACUACUGGAUAACAAGAGGCUUCCAGAUGCAGGGUCCUCCUCGAACUAUUUAUGAUUUUGGCUUCCCGAGGUAUGUGCAGCGGAUAGAUGCCGCCGUCUACCUCAAGGACGUGCAGAAGACCCUUUUCUUUGUGGGAGAUGAAUACUACAGCUACGAUGAGCGAAAACGGAAGAUGGAGAAGGACUACCCAAAGAACACGGAGGAGGAAUUCUCGGGGGUCAAUGGCCAAAUUGACGCCGCUGUGGAACUGAACGGCUACAUUUACUUCUUUUCAGGACCCAAAGCAUACAAGUAUGAUACAGAGAAGGAGGACGUGGUCAGUGUGCUGAAAUCCAGCUCCUGGAUCGGCUGCUAA